AGCACUUUCUGUUCGGAGCAGAGACCUUCAGAUGAGAGUCAUCCCUCCUGGUCCUCUGUUUGGGUGAAGGAGCCCAGAUUUAUGAAGAUGCUGUCCUGAAAUUAUUUCAUUUUCAAAAGGUGCAGUAGAAGCAACAUCUACAGGUGGAUACAGCUUGGAAGGUUCCUUGAAUCCAUACCAGGAAAGAUGCAGACUCAUAACACCCUAGAAGAAGAAAGAGAUCUACUAAAUCCGUCACCAAAGAGGGCCAAGAUGGAAGAUGUAAUGGAUAGAAGAGCAGAAACAGAGGAAACAGAGAGGGGAGAAGAAAUUGAUGGAGGGGCAGAAACAGAGGAAACAGAGAGGGGAGAAGAAAUGGAUGGAGGGGCAGAAACAGAAAAAGUGAGGGGAGAAGAAAUGGAUAGAAGGGCAGAGACAGAGGAAAAAGUGAGGGAAGAACCUGAGGAGAAGUCAGACACAGAUGAUGAUGAUUAUGAUGAGGAUUACCAGGUUUCCUCUGAAUCAUCAGACUCCUCUGAGAGCGGUGAAGACUUUGAAGAGACAGAGAACACCGCUGGCUGGACGACCAAGAGUGGGCUUUGCUGGUCCCCAACUCAAGAGAAUAUGCUCCCAUAUGUCCCCGUGCCCACUGGUCUGAGACCAGGGCCUACUAAACAUGCCACCUCUCGCAUUGAAACCAUUAAGUCCAGUUUUGACCUGUUUCUGACAGAGGAUAUCCUGCAGCUCAUUUUGAAAACAACAAACAAGAACGGGAGACAGCACACCAAAGACUGGAAGGACCUUGAUGUCACAGACCUCCAAGCAAACAUCGGCUUGCUCAUCCUCAUCGGUGUAUUCUGCUGCCGUAACGAACCAUUGAUUAGCCUGUGGGAUCACCAAAGCGGAAGGACAAUGUUCAGAGCCACAAUGAAUAAUGGGAAAUUCAGUCUCAUCAGGUCAGUCCUCAGAUUUGAGGGCAAGCCAACCACUUGAAAGAGGCUGGCUCCUGACAAGGCGGACCAAGGGAAGCAAGUGGUCCUAGAGAUGACCAGGGGGCUUAAAGGCCACACUGUCACCUGUGGUAACUUUUUCACAUCACAUGGCUUGUCUCAGGAGCUGCUGCGAAGUAAAAUUGCCCUGGUUGGGGCCAUGCGCAACAGCAAGCCGGAGCUACCCCCCAAACUGCUUCGAGCAAAGGAGCGGGAGGUCUUCUCCUCCUUGUUCGGCUUUGACAAGACCCACACUGUGGUCUCUUACAUCCCAAAGCGGGGGAAAAAUGUGAUCCUGCUCAGCUCUAAACACAGAGGCAAAGAGGUCAAAGAUGGGAAGAAGAAAAAGCCGGUGGUGGUCACGGACUAUAACAGCUGUAAGGGGGCUGUUCACAGCCUUGAUAAGGCUGUCAGCAAAUACAGCUGUAGAUUGAAGUCCAGGAAGUGGCCCUGUGUGAUUUUUUGCCACAUCAUUGAUGUCUCUGCAAACAACGCAUUUGUGCUGUGGAAUUCAGUGGAUUUUUCACUGCAACAAAAAAAGUCUCUCAGGAGGAGGUUUUUCCUUGAAGAGUUGGGGAAAUCCCUUGUGACCCCUCUCAUGGCCAAGAGACCAACCAGCCCCCGUGAGCCAGCCGCUGCCUCCAUGGUGGAGUCUAUUCAGCAACUAGUAGAGACAGAGGAAGACUUACCACAGGACAAAACCAGCAAGACAAGAAGGAUGCAGUGCAUGUUUUGCCAGAAGAGAAAAAGAGUGUGGAACACCUGUUGUAAAUGUGGGGGGUGCAGUAGAAGCAACAUCUUCAAGUGGAUACAGCUUGGAAGGUUCUUGAAUCCAUACCAGGAAAGAUGGAGACUCAUUGCACCCUAGAAGAAGAAAGAGAUCUACUAAAUCCGUCACCAAAGAGGGCCAAGAUGGAAGAUGUAAUGGAUAGAAGAGCAGAAACAGAGGAAACAGAGAGGGGAGAAGAAAUGGAUAGAAGGGCAGUGACAGAGGAAACAGAGAGGGGAGAAGAAAUGGAUGGAAGAGCAGAAACAGAGGAAACAGAGAGGGGAGAAGAAAUGGAUAGAAGGGCAGUGACAGAGGAAACAGAGAGGGGAGAAGAAAUGGAUGGAAGAGCAGAAACAGAGGAAAAAGUGAGGGAAGAACCUGAGGAGAAGUCAGACACAGAUGAUGAUGAUUAUGAUGAGGAUUACCAGGUUUCCUCUGAAUCAUCAGACUCCUCUGAGAGCUGUGAAGACAUUGAAGAGACAGAGAACACCGCUGGCUGGACGACCAAGAGUGGGCUUUGCUGGUCCCCAACUCAAGAGAAUAUGCUCCCAUAUGUCCCCGUGCCCACUGGUCUGAGACCAGGGCCUACUAAAUACGCCACCUCUCGCAUUGAAACCAUUAAGUCCAGUUUUGACCUGUUUCUGACAGAGGAUAUCCUGCAGCUCAUUUUGAAAACAACAAACAAGAACGGGAGACAGCACACCAAAGACUGGAAGGACCUUGAUCUCACAGACCUCCAAGCAUACAUCGGCUUGCUCAUCCUCAUCGGUGUAUUCUGCUGCCGUAACGAACCAUUGAUUAGCCUGUGGGAUCACCAAAGCGGAAGGACAAUGUUCAGAGCCACAAUGAAUUUCAAGAAAUUCGGUCUCAUCAGGUCAGUCCUCGGAUUUGAGGGCAAGCCAACCACUUCAAAGAGGCCGGCUCCUAUUUGGGUGUUGUGGGAAAAAUGGACCGAUCGCCUCCCCAUGCUUUUCAACCCAGGCCGAGACAUCUGUGUAGGUGAGCAACUUGUGCCAUUCAGAGGCAACUGCAAGUUUCUGACAUACAUGCCAAAUAAUGAAAAAAAAUAUGGUCUUAAAGUUUGGGUCACCUGCGACGUUGAAACGUCAUAUGCCUGGAGGAUGCAGGUUUACACAGGCAGAAAGGCUGGAGGGCCUGACAAGGCGGACCAAGGGAAGCAAGUGGUCCUAGAGAUGACCAGGGGGCUUAAAGGCCACACUGUCACCUGUGGUAACUUUUUCACAUCACAUGGCUUGUCUCAGGAGCUGCUGCGAAGUAAAAUUGCCCUGGUUGGGGCCAUGCGCAACAGCAAGCCGGAGCUACCCCCAAAACUGCUUCGGGCAAAGGAGCGGGAGGUCUUCUCCUCCUUGUUCGGCUUUGACAAGACCCACACUGUGGUCUCUUACAUCCCAAAGCGGGGGAAAAAUGUGAUCCUGCUCAGCUCUAAACACAGAGGCAAAGAGGUCAAAGAUGGGAAGAAGAAAAAGCCGGUGGUGGUCACGGACUAUAACAGCUGUAAGGGGGCUGUUCACAGCCUUGAUAAGGCUGUCAGCAAAUACAGCUGCAGAAGGAAGACCAUUAAGUGGUCCUGUGCGAUUUUUUACCACAUCAUUGAUGUCUCUGCAAACAACGCAUUUGUGCUGUGGAAUUCAGUGGAUUCUUCGCUGCAACAAAAAAAGUCUCUCAGGAGGAGGUUUUUCCUUGAAGAGUUGGGGAAAUCCCUUGUGACCCCUCUCAUGGCCAAGAGACCAACCCGCCCCCGUGAGCCAGCCGCUGCCUCCAUGGUGGAGUCUAUUCAGCAACUAGUAGAGACAGAGGAAGACUUACCACCGGCCAAACCUGCAGGCAACACAUGCAGGAAGCAGUGCAUGUUUUGCAAGAACAGAAAAAGAGUGUGGAACACCUGUUGUACAUGUGGGGGGCAUGUAUGCAAGGGUCACAUGAACGUUAUUUGCAAGAAAUGCUUCCCCUGAAUACCCACACAAACACUCAUACACACACAAACAUACAGACACACACACACACACACUCUCUCUCACUUUUUUGUAUUUACUUUUGAGCUCUCUUAGUUUUGUUGAGAAAACUGAACAUUUUGAACUCUGUUAAAUAAAAAAUGUUCAUUUCAAA